AUGAACUCUGGAUUGAACAACUAAAAUUCCUUAUUGCAGCAACUAACUCCAGCCCAACUUGAAGAGUAUUAGCAAUAGUUGAGGUAAACUUCUAUCUUCAUAUUCUUUAUAUCAUAUUACUUCAUAUGCUCUAAUCAUAUAUUUGGCAAUUAAUUACCUAUUUUAGAUAGCAACAAUUUUUCACCAAUCUUUUGAGUAGCAACAUGAAAACCUUACAAUUCCCUGGCAUCUUUCAAUAGUUUUAGGACAAUCUUAUAAGAACCUCAUAACCACAAGAUCUGUUCAAUUUUAAUCGUGGUAAGAUAUCAUCAAUUCUACAUCAAUUAUAAUAUUGUGACCUUAUAGUUAUUUGAAUUAGCUUAUAUUUGCUUAGGUUUGGGAGGUGCAAUGAAUUAGAUUGAUUAUAUGAAAUUAUUAUAGAAAAGCUUAUAGAUGAAUACAAGUGCCAUAAAUGCCUUCAAUUAGAAUUAGUUUUUCUGCUAAUUAGGAAUGAUGGGUCAAAAGAAAACAAAUACUUUGUAAAAUCCAAUUACUGUUGAAGAUGAUGACCCCCCUUAAAUUUAGAAAUGUCAGAAUUCUAAAUGCAACAAUAAGGGAGAUCGUAAGACAAAGUCAAAGAAAGGUGAAACCCUUUAAUUCUGUGAAAAAUGUUUAAGGAUGUACAAUCGUGGAAAUUUUUGUGAUUUUUGUGAAUAAGUAUUGAAAGAAUUUUUUUAAGAUUUGUAGGUCUAUUCAAAUGGGUCAUAUGAUCAUGAUGAAUAAGAAUGGAUACAAUGUGAUGAAUGUGAGAAAUGGGUAUAUUUCAAAAGAUAUUGAUAGAAUCAUCUAAAUUGUGAAGCUAAAUGUAGGAAUUCGAAUAUAAAAGAAGAGACUGAGAAUAAAGUUUAUUAUUGUUUAAAUUGUUCUAAAAUUAAAAAACAAUAACAAUAAUAAUAAUAAAUUCAGUAAUAGAAGAAAUAAGAAAAGACGACAGAAGAAUAUCAGCCAAAAUAAAGAACUAUAAUGGAAUGUGAGGAUGCUAGAACAAGAGAGAAGAAUAUCAAUUUUGUAGCUACUAAAGAUAAUAAAGUUUAAUUUAGUAAAUUUAUAAAUUUAAUAAUUUUUAAUAGCAUUUCGAUUGAAUCUAUAUGAUGAUGAAAUUAAGUCAGAUCUCGAUUUUCUGAGGAAUUCUGGCAAGAAGAACAUUAAGAAAUAGAAUUAAUAAGAUUCUCCAAUCAUAAAAUAAAUUAUAAUACCUUAAUAAUAAUUAUUAUAAUAAUAAUCAUAAUAAUAAUAAUAAUAAUAAUAAUAAUAAUAAUUAAUAUAAGAAGAGAAAGUAAUUAUAUAAUCAAGUCAUUAUUAGAAUUCUGAUUAAUAAAUGAAUAGUAGGAGAAGAACUAGAAAUAAUAAAAAUAGAGUUAAUUAUAGAAAUUUAGGGGGUGAAUGA